GCAGUGCUCAUUUAGCAGGACGAGCUUGGAGUGGACAAAUCGUGCAAAUGGUUUUGGGAGGACAACGAGCGUUAGACCCACGAUGAAGAGAGGGAGGAUGACUUUCUGCAAAACAUUCACCCUCUGUUGCAUCCUCUCCUUCUUGCAAUCAGGAGCCGUUGAAAGUGUAAACAUCACCAGUUUUGGAAAUCUGGUCCGAGGCACAGUAGGUGGGGAGGCCCUGCUCUCUGUCCGGUACUCCAGCACCAGUCUGGAUCCACCAGUUAUCAGAUGGCAGCUGAAGAAGGAGAAACCGAUCACAGUGGUCCAGUCGAUUGGCACAGAGAUAAUCGGAAACCUGCGGUCGGAAUACCGUGACCGAAUCCUGGUCUUUGAAAAUGGCACUCUCCUACUGCAUAACUUAAAGCUCUCUGAUGAGGGAAUGUAUGAGGUGGAGAUCUCCAUCACUGAUGACAUCUUCACAGGGGAAGACAGCAUCGAGCUCACUGUGGAUGAGCCAAUAUCCACACCUUAUGUGGAUGUAACCACCAACACUGUUCUGGAACUGACAGAACAUUUCACAUUGAACUGUUCUCACGAAACUGGAUCCAAGCCUAUUUACAGCUGGACGAAAGGAGGAAAGCCUCUGGUUAACCACACCCGCCUGCUGCUGUCUCCUGACCAAAAGUUUCUGACUCUUACACGAGUGCUACUGGCGGAUGAUGAUGUCUACAGCUGUCUGGUAGAGAAUCCUCUUGGCAGUGUGAAAAGCGUGCCCCUGAAACUCACAGUUUACAAAAGAAGCUCUCUGUACAUCAUCAUUUCAACAGGAGGCAUCUUUGUCCUGAUCACUCUGGUAGCAGUGUGCGCUUGCUGGAAGCCAUCAAAAAGGCAAGGGAUCAAGAAGGGAAAGGCAAAAAAGAAAAGACAAAAAGUGAAGACAAAUACGCCAAGAUCCAGCCCUGAAAGCCACCGUAAUAUACACGAGGACAAACCAGAAGAUCAUGCGGUCCCACUAAUGACAGAUCAUGAGCGCAGGAAUCCGGUCUCACUUUUCAUCCUGAAGGAGAAGGACCUUCCGAGCGAAGAACCUGCCUCAGUGUGCAAAACGUGCACGAGCAACGGAGGCAGCCCCUCGAGCAACAGGAUCACCGUCCUACCCCGGACACACUCACCUGAUCGUCCAGCACGUGCAUCCCGCAGUUACCCACGCACACCUACCAACUCUCCUCCCGUGCGCCACAGUAGGAGGCGGGGCCACAGCGGAAGCCCGCCAGCUCACGCGCCCUCUCCGGUACGCACCCGCACCUCCAGGAGCUCCUCCCCUUCAAAGCGGUGGGCUGCAGAUUUAAAUGUCACUAAACCACCUAAAAGCUCCAUCCAGCCUGCAAUGCUGCUCCGAGAGUUAGAAGAUGGACUCCCUGUUAACUAAAUUGAGUUCAGGACAUGUUAAUGGGACUGACAUGAAUGUGUAAAUAUUUGUAAUUUUUUUUUAUUCUUUAUUGUUUUUUUUAUGCCACUGUCUCUAUUCUUGUAUUUCUUUAUUUUUAGAAUCAGGAUCAUAAGGGUUUAUGAAGAAUCCUUUGCUGCACAGAAGAAAGAAUAUUAUUGCAUAAAACAAAAAAAUUUACACUCUCACAAA